UCGAAGACUUUUGUCCCUCUUCAGCCACCGUCCAGGUCAACCAAAAAACGUGCUAUGCUCUCUGGCUAUGUUGUGUGUCUGAAUGAGAUCCCUGUUGAAACCUCCACAGUUUCGAUCUGAACUUAAGUUAAAACGAACAGGCUGUAACAUUUUAGUAAGGACGUGGUUUUUAUGUUUUAGUUGUUCUUUUCGUAACAUUGUGAAGCGUGAGUGAACCUCAGUUAUUAAGCUAGCGGCUAAUAAACCAGAGAGGGAAUAACCAAAACAAGACCUCUGCACUUCAGAUCUGCACUCCACAUUCUGAUUCUACAGUCAGGAAGCCUUUCUGCGAACAUGUCGGCCGGUUCAAACGAGUCGAGAAAGAGGAGCAAGAAGAGGUACGGGGGUGGGCAACCCAGCAAGCGGUUCAAGAGCUCCUCUCUGGAGGUGGGCAUGGAGGGGAUCCUCAUCACAUGCAACAUGAACGAGAGAAAGUGCACCGCAGAGGCCUUUAACCUGCUCAAUGAGUACGCAGACCAGCUCUAUGGGCCUGAGAAGUUUCAAGAUAACAAUGGGAGCAGCAGCAGCAAAGAAGAAGAAGACGACGACGAUGAGGAGGAGGAAGAUGUUGCUGAAGCUCUGAAGAAGGAAGUGUCACAGCUGAAAGCAUCCAGAACCAAACAGAGGAGGCGCUUCCAGGCUUGUGAUAGUGGAGCUAACAAUGUGAUCUUCAUCAGAACAUCACAGCUGGAAUCUGACAAGUUGGUUCAUAACAUCCUGUCUGAUCUCCACACGACUAAGAAGAAGAAGUCACGCGUGAUCCUUCGGAUGCUCCCGGUAACUGGAACAUGCAAAGCCUUCCAGGACGACAUGGUGAAGUACCUGACCACUUACCUGGAGCCUUGGUUCAAAACCCCAAACUGUGCUACCUACCAGAUCGCCUUCAAGGCCCGCAACAGCAGCCACAACAAGAGAGAUGAGAUCAUCAAAUCUAUCGCAGGUCUAGUGGGAAAGAUGAAUCCAAAGAACAAGGUUGAUUUGACCAACCCAGAACUGACAAUCAUUGUGGAGGUCAUCAGAGCUGUGUGCUGCCUAAGUGUGGUAAAGGACUACACACUGUUUAGAAAGUACAAUGUCCAGGAAGUAGGGAAAGAGGACACACCAAAGCCUGAUGUGGCCACAGCAAAAACAGAAACAAACACAGCUGAGGAGAAGGAGAAACCAGAUAAAGAGGAGACAAAGGAAGAAGGGAAGAAAGGGGAGGAGGAAAACGGAAACAAAGAUUUGCCAAAGGACAACAAGGAGGUUGAGAAAGGUGAAGGUGACGGGGAGUAACAGCUUUCAUUUAGAGAGAUUCUUGUAGAUUAAGAAUUUCUUUCUUUCUUCUUCAAACAUCUCAUCUUACGUUUGUUUUUUUAAAGGAAGGCAGGGAGAUUUGUUUCCAGUUUUACAACAUUACUUGACAGAUAACAGGCAAAAGUUAAUAACAUCUGCAAUCCUUGUGUGAUUUAAUCUCUUUUACAUAUUCAUAUAGCCCUCUGUAAUGCCUCGGUUCCAACUUAAUUGCAAUGUACAUUUUAACAAGCAAUGAUUUAGAAUUAAAUAUACAUGUUGUCUCUACGGCAAUGUUCCAUCAGCUCAUAGCUCAGCUCAUUUUCUUAAUACUGAAUUUUAUUUAGAACUGCAAUGUCAUUUUAUUUUUGCAGUUUUUACUCCAAGGAAGACAGAGUUUUGUUCGGGAUAACUGAUGUCUCAUUUUGUGUAACUUGUUUCCUGAAGCAUUCCCUGAAUUAAAGGUUCCUGUGUGUUUGA